AUGGAUUUCAUCAAGACCAGUUCCCCGCGUGCUCUGAGUGAGUUAACUCUCCAACGCAAUUGGAUUGGCAUCAUUUGGAUGAGUAGAAGUGAAGAUAUGAUCAAAUUAGUGAAGACUGGUCCAGACGGCCUUAUCGAGCAUUUGCAUCCUAAGCCGCGCACACCGGCCGAUCGUGGAACGAACGUACCGCGAUCGUCCCGCGCACAUAUCCGCAUCUCGUCAAGUCCACGGCCGAGCUCACGUCCCGACCCGGAAAGCAACGCCCUACGGUCGAGCCGUUCCUUACCUCGCCACCACAAGCCGUGCACGACUGCGCCGCGCGAACAUGAAGGCAACAGCUGCGCGGCACAACCCGUGAACCGCGGCCGACCCAUCCGCGCGAACAGGAGGGCAUCAUCCCGCGACCGGUCAAGAUUCAUCGGCCAAAACUUAUCCAUCCGUCUGACCCCGUCGGCCGAACACGAAAACUAUCGGCCACGAUCGUUCCGACCGUCUUUUGGAGCAUUCUGGAGCAUAUGGGACAUAGGAGCAUGGAGGGACUUGGCACAUGGAAGCAGCUCAACUGGAUACGCAAAGGAAGAAGGGAGAAGCCAUCUUGAAGACCAGCUCGACCGUCUACUCGACCAACCGGUCGAGUUCCUCAACUCGACCGGCCAAGCUUCAACUCGAUCGAGCUGA